AUGGCAUUAGGAAGCAGGGCUUUGGGGAGACUCACAUCUGCUGAGUCAGUCCAUGCCACGCUAUCAGCAUCUACGGAGACAGGCUAUGCCACGUUAUCAGCGUCUGCUAAGACAGCCCAUGCCACGCCAUCAUCAUCUGCUGAGACAGUCCAUGCCACGCCAUCAACAUCUGCUGAGACAGCCCAUGUCACACCAUCGGCAUCUGCUAAGACAGUCCAUGCCACACCAUCAGCAUCUACUGAGACAGCCCAUGCCACGCCAUCAGUAUCUGCUGAGACAGUCCAUGCCACACCAUCAGCAUCUGCUAAGACAGGCCAUGCCACACCAUCAGUAUCUGCUAAGACAGGCCAUGCCACACCAUCAGUAUCUGCUAAGACAGUCUAUGCCACACCAUCAGCAUCUACUGAGACAGUCUAUGCCACGCCAUCAGUAUCUGCUAAGACAGCCCAUGCCAUACCAUCAGCAUCUUCUAAGACAGCCCAUGCCAAGCCAUCAGCAUCUUCUAAGACAGCCCAUGCCAAGCCAUCAGCAUCUGCUGGGACAGCCCAUGCCACACCAUCAACAUCUGCUGAGACAGCCCAUGCCACACCAUCAGCAUCUGCUGAGACAGCCCAUGCCAUACCAUCAGCAUCUGCUGGGACAGCCCAUGCCACACCAUCAGCAUCUGUUGGACCAGCCACAAGGCAGCCAGUGAGAGAAGUGCCUGUCUUCCCAGUCCUUGGUCAAACAGGAUAACAUGACUGAUGAAGAUGAGGCCAUGCCAUGAAUGCAGGUGAUGUCUUCACAGGGAGUUGCUGCCCCUCAAGAAACCUGCCUAUGCUUCCUGUCCUUCCUGCCUUCCUCCUCAAACCCCCCCCCUGCCCCCACAACUCUGUUUUGCUAUGUAGGAGGUAAAGGAAGCCCGUGGUUUGGGGAAAGUCCUGUUUAUACAAAACUAACCUUUUUCAGUUUAAUAAGACUCAAGCUGUCACCAGGAGGCACCA